UUGUCACUUUGAUACGUUCAUCAUCAUCAUAGUCACAUUUCACAACCCAAAGACAUCAAAUUGGGACGUUCUUCUCAGGAAGGUCCAAAAAGUCAGUUCAGCGAAAUCGGACGAUCCGAACAAUACCCUUUUCAUUUCUCUUCACGAUAAUCUUCUUCAUCAAUUUGAAGGGAAAUCUGAUAUUAGAGAAUAAAGGUUGAAACUUUUUACCUCAAGAGAAGUGAUUAUGGCUGUUGCUGAAAAUGUUGGUGCCAAAAUCGGUUCUUCAAGUCAGAAUUUGGACAACAACAACAACCACGCUGUAUCAUCUGACUCAACUGAGGUGGAGAAAUCGAAACCGAGGACCGAUCAGGAUGUGAACAACAACAGUGUGUUCAACCAUCAACACCAAAAUGGUAAUUAUAGCUUCAAGACUCAUCAAAUGGGUCAGAUGCAUGCUAACGGGGUUCAGAACCAUCAGUUUGUGGUGAACAAUGAUGGAUAUGUGAUGAAUGGUCUCAGAAAUGGUGAGAACGGGGGCGAGAGUUUUAAGCGUGAAAUGAGGGAUUUGGAAGAGUUGUUGUCAAAGCUGAAUCCCAUGGCUGAGGAAUUUGUGCCUCCAUCGCUAACAAAUAACCAUGGCUACUUAGCUGCUGGACCUGCUGCUGGGUUUGGUUACCCUAACAAUUUUAUACUUCUUAAUAAUUAUGCUAAUGCUAACGGCCAAACUAACCGUAGGAGGAAGAAUGGCUACACUACUAAUGGAAAGCGAAGAGCGAAUCAUAAAGUGGAUAUGGAGAAAAGAGAAGAGAUGAUUAGGAGGACUGUUUAUGUGUCUGAUAUCGAUCAGCUGGUUACCGAAGAGCAGCUGGCAUCUCUCUUUCUGAAUUGCGGCCAGGUUGUUGAUUGUCGGGUAUGCGGAGAUCCCAAUUCUAUUCUCCGAUUUGCCUUCAUUGAAUUUACAGAUGAAGAGAGUGCAAGGGCUGCUGUAAGCCUGUCUGGAACUAUGCUGGGGUAUUACCCAUUGAGAGUGCUGCCUUCCAAAACUGCCAUUGCACCUGUCAAUCCUACAUUUUUGCCCAGGUCUGAAGAUGAAAGGGAGAUGUGCUCAAGAACAAUUUACUGCACAAACAUUGACAAGAAGCUGACUCAAGCAGAUGUGAAACACUUCUUUGAAUCUAUCUGUGGAGAGGUCCAUCGACUGAGGCUUCUUGGGGAUUACCAGCAUUCAACUCGGAUUGCAUUUGUUGAGUUUGCAGUGGCUGAGAGUGCAAUUGCAGCUCUAAGCUGCAGUGGCGUGAUUUUGGGUGCGCUGCCUAUAAGGGUAAGUCCGUCAAAGACACCAGUCCGUGCUCGUUCUUCUCCUCGUAGUCCAUGAACUGAAUCAACUGUCCUUGCUGCUGGGGUUUGACUGCUGCUACAUAUAUAUACGUACAUAGAAACAUAUAUGUUCCAAAGAACCUGUGGCGUUUAGUUGAUACUUUUGUUCUCUAUCUUGCACUAUGGUAUCUUUGUUUCCCAUUGCGGUAAUGGGUUCUUCGUUUAGCUUGUAGAGUUGAUGGUACUUCGAGGAUCUUGCUUAAUUUAUGAUGCACAAUGUGACGUGUUUAUCUUGCAUGUCCAGAAUUUUAUGGUUGGAUGUUAUCUGGAGUUUAUUUUGAACAUGUUACAGAAACCUUUUUUAGUCAUGAAUUGUUUAUUUGGUUGUCUUCAAUGCA